AUGGGAGAUUUUUCGACCGCAGGACGAGAUCCAUUGUUUUACGCUCAUCACGUGAAUGUCGAUGGCAUGUGGAAGAUUUGGAAAGAAAUGGGGAAUCAAGAUCACACCGACGAGGGUUGGGUAAACUCGACAUUUGUGUUUUACGAUGAGAAUCAAAACGCUGUACGUAUCAAAGUUUCGGAUUGUUUGGACAGUAAGAAACUUGGGUAUGAUUAUGAAAAGAGAAUUAUUCCAGCUGCCUCCAAUGAAGCAAAGUUUCCUGUGAAGAUGAAACCUAAGCUUGGUGGAGAAAGCGUCAGUAUUGGAGGGAUAACGGCUCAGCUUCAGCCUGUGUAA